UUUGUGAUAAAAUUGUUUAUUUAUAUAAAAUGAGUGAGAGAGUCUGUUUAUUGUGUUUUUCUUUUGGAAAAGUGUAUAAAAAUAUCAAACAUACUCAAUUGCAAGUGGUUUACGAGACAUUAUCAGAUAUUAAGGUUCAAGCUGACACAUUCCCGCUGUGCUACAUCUGUUAUGCAAAACUUCUGAAGUGCGAAAAGCUGAUUAAAACGGUGCAACAACAUGACAUUGAAAAUCAGGGCAUAGUCAUACCAUUGGUACAACUGGCUACAUUUGGUGCUGAGAGCUGGUCAUUACCAGACAAAUUACAACUACAUAAUAUCAAGGAAGAAUCUAAUAUAAAGCGAGAGUUGGUGGAGAAAGCAUCGGGGAGCUUCAAAAAUGAAAUAGACAUUGAGGAAGGAUGUAUACAGGAAGAAUAUGACGUAGAAAGUUCAAGUCAUUGUGAAGAUGGAACUGCCGGAGUACUAAUUGAGAACAACACCACAGAUACUACACAAGAUUGCAAAUCACACGCUUCUGACGUUUGGACUAAAACUUUUUGCGACAGUUCAAACCUAAAACGACACAAACUAAGUCACACUGGGGAAAAACUUUACACUUGUGAUGUAUGUAGCAAGAAGUUUUCAUUUUCAAGUAACUUAAAAAGACACAAACUAUUACAUGCCGAAGAAAAACCUUACACUUGUGAUGUAUGUAGCAAGAAGUUUUCACUUUCAUUCGUCUUCAAAAGACACAAACUAUUACAUACCGAAGAAAAACCUUACACUUGUGAUGUAUGUAGCAAGAAGUUUUCACUUUCAUGUUACUUGGAAAGACACAAACUAUUGCAUAACGAUGAUAAAACUUACACUUGUGAUGUGUGCAAUAAGUUAUUUCAUGACAGAUCGAGUUUGAAGAAACAUAAACUAUUACAUACUGACGAACACACUUGUGAUGUGUGUAGCAAGAAGUUUUCAUAUUUAUAUAACAUGAAAAGACACAAACUAUUACAUAACGAUGAAAAACCGUAUACUUGUGAUGUCUGCAAUAACUCAUUUCAUAGCAGUUCGAGUUUGAAGAAACACAAACUAAUACAUACUGGUGAAAAACCUUACACUUGUGAUGUAUGUAGCAAGAAGUUUGUAUUUUCAUGUAACUUAAAAAGACACAAACUAUUACAUAACAAAGAAAAACCUUACACUUGUGAUGUCUGCAAUAAAUUAUUUAAUGACAAAUCGAGUUUGAAGAAACACAAGUUAUUACAUACUGGUGAAAAACCUUACACUUGUGAUGUCUGCAAUAAAUUAUUUCAUGACAGUUCGAAUUUGAAGAGACAUAAACUAAUACAUACUGACGAAUCAUACACUUGUGAUGUGUGUAGCAAGAAGUUUUCAUAUUUAUGUAACUUGAAAAGACACAAACUAUUACAUAACGAUGAAAAAUCUUACUCUUGUGAUGUAUGUAGCAAGAAGUUUUCAUAUUUAUAUAACUUGAAAAGACACAAACUAUUACAUAACGAUGAAAAACCUUACACUUGUGAUGUCUGCAACAAAUUAUUUAAUGACAGAUCGAGUUUAAAGAAACAUAAACUAAUACAUACUGGUGAAAAGCCUUACACUUGCGAUUUCUGCAAUAAAUUAUUUAAUGACAGAUCGAGUUUAAAGAAACACAUACUAAUACAUACUGGCGAAAAACCUUACACUUGUGAUGUGUGUAGCAAGAAGUUUUCAUAUUUAUGUAACUUGAAAAGACACAAACUAUUACAUAACGAUGAAAAACCUUACACUUGUGAUGUCUGCAAUAAAUUAUUUCAUGACAGAUCGAGUUUGAAGAAACAUAAACUAAUACAUAUUCGUGAAAAGACCUACACUUGUGAUGUUUGCAAUCAAUUAUUUUAUGACAGGUUGAGUUUGAAGAAACACAAACUAAUACAUACUGGGGAAAAACCUUACACUUGCGAUUUCUGCAAUAAAUUAUUUCAUGACAGAUCGAGUUUAAAGAAACACAUACUAAUACAUACUGGCGAAAAACCUUACACUUGUGAUGUGUGUAGCAAGAAGUUUUCAUAUUUAUAUAACUUGAAAAAACACAAACUUUUACAUGAAAAAAAAUACAGUUGUGAUGUCUGCAAUGCAUUAUUUCAUGACAGUACGAGUUUGAAGAAACACAAAAUAUUACGUCCAGUAUGUAAAAAACCUUACACUUGUAAUGUGUGUAAAAAGAAGUUUUCACUUUUAUGUAACUUGAAAAGUCACAAACAAUUACGUCAUAACGAUGAAAAAAAAAUACACUUGUGAUAUCUGCAAUAAAUUAUUUAAUGAAAGAUCGAGUUUGAAGAAACACAAAUUAUUACACACUAGUGAUAAACCUUACAUUUGUGAUGUCUACAAUAAAUUAUUGUGGCGUAUGAUAGCUACAUCGUGUCA